AAAAUCUUCAAAGACUAUAUAUCUCACCUUUAAGAACUAAGAGGAAGUUACAUAUAUAUGGCAAGUCUCAAGUUAUGGGUUUGUUUGGUCCUGCUUCUAGUACUCGAAUUGACAUCGGUGCACGAAUGUCGACCAUUGGUUGCCGAAGAGAGAUUUUCUGGUUCAAGUCGUUUGAAAAAGAUAAGACGUGAACUUUUUGAGAGGUUAAAAGAGAUGAAGGGGAGAUCAGAAGGCGAAGAGACGAUCCUUGGAAAUACUCUUGACUCAAAGCGGCUUAGUCCCGGUGGUCCUGACCCGAGGCAUCACUGACACUGACCAUAGAAGAAUGCAAAAAAAAAUGUGUAAUGUAACAUUUUUGGGAGAGUUUUAAUAUGAUAUUAC